UACCUUAUUGCAAUGAGUGGAAGAUUUAUCUUGACCAAAACUUUUCCCUUUUUCAGGUUUUUAGGUAAUUAUCUGAUUGAUUUUAAUUAUUUUACAAAUUAAUAUAUCUGAAUUAAUUUCAACUUCAAGUGAAAAUGGCUGUUUGAUUUCUACAAAAAGGUUUUCUUACUAUGAGUAGUUGUUCAAGAGGGGUGGAAACGUUUAAUACCAGUGAUAGGUUGUCAGCUGCAACGUCGUUUAGCACCAAAAAGCUGCUUGGACCCAAGGGCGACUCACAGUUUGCAUCACUUAACCAUGCUCGAAAAUUUGAGGGAAAUAUGAAAGUCAGCCGCGAGAAAGAAGGUAAGAUAACAACUGUUGUUGCAACUCCAGGACACGGACCAGAAACACAGCAACAAGUUUCAUAUACAGAUACCAGAGUUAUAGGAAAUGGAUCCUUUGGUGUCGUUUAUCAAGCAAGACUCGCAGACAACAAUGAAAUGGUUGCGAUUAAAAAAGUUUUGCAAGAUAGAAGAUUCAAGAAUCGCGAACUUCAAAUAAUGCGAAAGCUAGAUCACUGCAACAUUGUCAGUUUGAGAUAUUUUUUCUACUCAAGUGGAGAAAAGAAAGAUGAACUUUAUCUCAACCUUGUGAUGGAAUAUGUUCCAGAAACAGUGUACAGAGUUGCUAGACAAUUCAGCAAAAAUAAACAGACUAUUCCAAUUCUUUUUGUCAAGUUAUACAUGUAUCAGCUGUUCCGCAGUCUUGCUUACAUUCAUUCAUGUGGAAUUUGUCAUCGUGACAUAAAACCUCAGAAUUUGCUGCUUGAUCCAGAAACCGCUGUUUUAAAGCUUUGUGACUUUGGAAGUGCCAAGCAACUUGUCCGAGGUGAGCCAAAUGUAUCAUAUAUUUGUUCUCGUUACUACAGAGCACCUGAACUUAUAUUUGGAGCUACUGAUUAUACCCCAAGUAUAGAUAUCUGGUCUGCUGGCUGUGUUUUGGCAGAGUUAUUAUUAGGACAACCAAUAUUUCCCGGUGACAGUGGUGUUGAUCAACUUGUUGAAAUCAUCAAGGUAUUAGGUACUCCGACUCGCGAACAAAUCCGUGAGAUGAAUCCAAAUUACACAGAAUUCAAAUUCCCACAAAUUAAGGCACAUCCAUGGUCGAAGGUGUUUAGGCCUCGAACACCACCUGAAGCAAUUGCUCUUUGCAGUCGUUUACUGGAAUACUCGCCAGGUGCUCGAAUUCUGCCACUGGAAUCUUGCGCACACAGUUUUUUCGAUGAACUACGUAUUCCGAAAGCUACGCUCCCUGCUGGGAAGCCACUUCCUCCCCUGUUCAAUUUUACCCAACAAGAGUUGUCACAGAAAUCAGCGCUCUAUAAUAUUUUAAUACCUCAGCACGUUCGUAACCCAUCGUCGAGUCCUACAGAUUAUAACAUGACUAAUCAGGAGCAUCCAGAUAAAUUGACCAGCGGAAACGACAAAGACGCCAUGCUGAAUAGACAAUAAUUCAAAUGGAUAGAUGAAGAAAGGACACAUUUCUUCCUUACUUUGUUUUAAUAUUACAAAAUACAUAGAUAACUAUAAUGCUAAGAAUUCAUUUUAAGUCAAUUAAUGAGAUGAUCAAUAUCGUUCAAUACUUGUUUUUACAACUCACUGGUUUAAAUAACAAUUAAGUAAAUAUUGGAAAAUAGUUUGUAACCGCAUAUUCAUCAAGUCCGUUAGAUUGAAGAUACCAAAAACGAGGUGGAGAUUACAAUUUUUUUGUUGUAAUUGUUCUUUUUUAUUAUUAUCUAGUAUUGCGCACGCAUGAUUCUAGCCAUGUUGAUCACUCAUUGAAUGAUUCUACACAUAGCUCUCACAUUAAUUUAGAAUUUUGUACAGGUAUACUGAAAGCUAAUGCGUCGUAUAUUUCAAUGAGGUUUUUGUCAGCUUUAUAUCAGAAAGGCAUUGCUUUGUAAAGUUUUUUGACCCCUAUUUUGAAAGGGUAUAGUCCCACCAUUGCUUGGGGCUUUUUGUUGACUUUUUUUUUCCUUACUAUUGCAGUGUCUUUAACGAGUUUUUCUUUAAUUUUGAAAAUACCCUGCACUCCUGCUAUGAAAUAAGGUUUAUAAAGUGAAUUUUUGACAAAACUUAGCUAAUUUUUUGUACAAAAUAACAUUGUUUGGAUUCUAGAUUCAUGUUCUAAAAUACAUCAGCCAAAAAUUUAUAUUCUAUAUAGUGAAAGUUUCUGAUUUUUAAUUUUUGAUUACUAUCCAUCUACUAGAUUACCCUGGUUUUUAUCUGUGAGGACGAAAAGAGCACAACUUCAUCUGCUUUUAUUGUCUUUCGCCAUGUUUUAUUUUUAUCAUAAUUUUUUUGGUCUUUUUUUUUUAGUCUGAUACCUACUCUACCACUACUAUGUUUUGGUUUUAUUUAUUGAAACAAUGUAUCAUUUUGUACUCUUUUGUCGUAGUUGUAAUAUGUACUGUACAGAAUUUUCCCUCUACCAGUUUCUCGCAAUUGAUAUUGAUAUUCUGUGUACAUCAACCAUUCUAUUGAUUUUUAGUGAAAUUGACAAAGCUUUUUAUGACAUUUUUCCGAUUCAUCCACACCAAGAAGUAGGUCGACUGUAAGCUUUAUAGCAAGAUUAGAUUUAUUUAGGGAAGGACUGGCUUCAUUACGAAAUUGUAAAAAUAUACAAAAGUGAUAACUUUGCCCGAGAAAUAUUAUUUUUCGUGCUCAUUUUUUUUCUUGUAUUUUAUUUGUGGAUUUUAUCUCGCGUCGUUUUGAGUAUAUUGUAAAAUAUGUUAUGAUGAUGUAUCAGUAAAUAAAUGUGUAACUCUCCCCCGUGGAUAAGGUGAA